AUGGCAAAGACAAAGGAAGUUCGCGAAGGUAACCGCCCGGGACUUCGGAAAAACAGAACACCCCGCGUGCUUUUCGCCAUCGAGGACGUAGCGCCUAAGCCUAAGUCAACCUCCAAGAAAUCCAGUGUCCCCAAGACGAAAGCGAACACAUCCAAGCCACGCGCCAAGGCUGCGACCGCGGGACGCGUUGAGAAGAAGAAAGCUCCGGCGACCAAGAGUAAAAGAACCCCCACUGUGACCGAUAAGGUGAAAGGAGUUGUCGAGAAGGCUGUGGGCACGAUUGAAGGCAAGCCGGCGAAGAAGGCUGCCGGCACGAAGAAGACCAAGGGCACUGAUGGAAAGGGAUCUGUCCGCGCGAAGAAAGCUUAG